UCCUCCCAUCGCUUGCACGGGGCGAGCGUCCGCGCAUCCUCCACCUUGCUCAAGAUCUCCACCAGGGAGCAAUCGUCCAACUCCAUGCUUCGCCGCAUUGCAAAACCGUUCCACUCUCCUACAACAAAAAUCCCAGUAGAUAUUUGUCUUUCGUACGCCACGUAGACCGUAGGGGAGGGCUUGGGGCGCCAUGGUUUCUCGAAGACCGCAUGAGCGUGCCAAGCUGGAUUCUAGAUCUAAUCUUUGAAAGAUCUGAUUUGCAAGAAAUGUGGUAGCGGCUACCAUGGAUUUUCGAGAUCACAAGCGAUCUCGCCCGCCAUGAAACCUUCGAGAGAAGCAGCAUCACUGCUGCCUGGAACACACAUUCUUUCAUCAGAUCCUCAGGUCUCAUCGGUGAUCUUCGAGCUAAAGUCCGCUGCUCGAUCCAAAGAAUUGGAAAGAGGCAAAGAGAUUCACGCUCGUGCCACUGAGAGCGGCAAAAACACCAACAUCUACGUUGCAAACUCUCUGAUCGGUAUGUACGGAAAAUGUGGCAGCAUGGCCGAAGCUCGCCGUGUUUUCGACAAGAUCACAGCUCCAACCGUCGUCUCAUGGAACUCUCUCAUCCUCGGCUACGCUGACAACGGAGAAGCUUUCCAGGCACUGGAACUCUUCGCACGAAUCGCCAACCUCUCGACGAUCUCUCCAGACCGCGCGACGUUUCUGGCGGCUCUCAAAGCUUGCAGCAAGCUAGCUGCGAUCGAAAAAACCGAUUUUCUUGAUUGCGGGAGCUCCAAGUUCGUCAAGAUCAAGAGCCUCGAGAUGGCUAUGGCGGUCCACUCUCGGUGCGAGCAAGCCAGAUGGCACACAGACAUGCGCGUCGCCAGCGCUUUGAUCGACGCGUAUGGGAAAUCCAGGUGCAUGGCUUCUGCUCGGAUGAUCUUCGAGAGAAUGGAAACUCACGACGUUGUCUCGUGGACUUCCAUGAUCAUGGGAUAUGCCGACGAUGAAGAUGGCCUCUCGGGAUUAGAGCUCUUCCAAGAAUUCAUGGCGAGCAGCACCGAUCGAUCCAGUGGCAGGAGUUUUGUGGCGGCGCUCAAGUCGUGUUCUGGCCUGGCCGCGAGGGAAGAACGCCAGAAGAAAUUCUCUGGAAAGUUGGCGGCGAUCAAGAUGGUGUCGCUGGAGCGAGCGAUGUUUCUCCACCGCGAGGCAGCAAAGAGAGGCUUUGAUCUGGACAUGUUUGUCGCAAGCACGCUGGUGGAUCUCUACGCAAAGUGUGGGAGCGUGGAUCUCGCUCGAGCGGUGUUUGACAGGCUCGAUCAUCGAUUCAAGACCACCAAUCCAGUGGCGUGGAACGCAUUGAUGCUGGGGUAUGUGGAUCUCGGCCAGGCAGCGAUGGCGCUGGAUCUCUUCUCGCAGAUGAUGCUGCUGGAUAGAUCGAAAAAAGAGAUAUUUGGCGACGCGAGGACGAUCGUCGCGGCCGCCAAUGCGUGCACGAGCAUGGCUGCCAGCGAGCAAUCCUCCCGAAUCCCCGAAUCCAUCGAUAGCGAUGGAGGAAGAAGAAGAAGAGUUUGUGUGAUCAAAGUGGAGAGCUUGAACACGGGCAUGGCAAUCCACUCGAGAGCUCGCGGUCUGGGCGUGGAGCUGGAUGGAUUCGUGGCCAGCGCACUGAUUAAUAUGUACUCGAAGUGUGGGAGCACGAUCGACGCGCACAGGAUCUUCGCCAUGCUCGGCGACGAAGAGCUCGAUGAUCCGGCGCCUUGGAACGCUUUGAUCCUCGGCUAUCUCGAGAAUGGCCAGGCCCAGGAAUCCCUGGCGCUGCUCGCGGCGAUGCGAUCUUCUCCUCGCUCGAUGGUCAUGGACGCGAGGAGCUAUGCCACCGCGAUCCGGGCGCAUGGAAGUGUCAUGGAUCUGGAAGGAAUUCGCAAGCUCCACGCGGAGAUCGACCGCGCAAGCCGUGAAUCGGGGCGAGAUCUCAUCGACCCGGUCGUGGCGAGCUGCCUGGUGGAUGCGUAUGGGCGAUGCGGAAGCAUGGACGAGGCCGAGAGAUUCUUCGUCUCUUCCUCCUCGUCGCGAGAUCUCAUCUCCUGGAGCGCUCUCGUCGCGGGAUAUAGCCGCCAGGGCGACGCAGAGAGGGCGAUCUAUCACUUCCAGCGGAUGAGAGACGAGGGAUUCGAUGCCCACGAUCGCGCGGCGGCGCUGCUGUGCGUGCUCAGCGCUUGCGCCCACACUGGGCGCGUGGAACAGGGGAAGAAAUUCCUUGCGGAGAUCCUGGGAUCGUCCUUGUCUAUGGCUGGGAUUGGGAUCGAGCACUACCACUGCGCGAUCGACAUGCUGGGGCGAGCGGAUCGGCUAGAAGAGGCGGUGGCGCUGGUGGAGAGAGUAAGAUCGAUGGGAUCAUCGCGAUCGGCGAUGCGACCCAAUGCUGUCACCUGGUCGAGUGUGAUCGAUGCGAGCAGGAGAUCUGGGCGCGUGGGCGUGGCGAGGACCGCCUUUGAGGAGCUGGUCAAGUUUCAAGAGGAAGAACAGUGUGAGUGCUCCUCGGCCUACGCGCUCAUGGCCGCUGUUUACCACGAUUGACUAAAGUCAUGACACGUGUAUGGCCUAUCCAUCGUCGCUGGGUCAAACUUGGCGGACGGACCAGAUCGUUGGAAAUUUUAGAAAAACUCCUGUUUGCGAUGUGUCCAAACAAACAGAAGAGUUUCUUAGAAAA